UAGCCGUGGCUCUUGAUGAAUGUAGAAGAAGACUCUUCUAAUCUGGCGAGUACAGAACUGAAGGAAAGGGUUUGUCAGUGUCAUUUCUACGUCACUGAAGCGAUGUGGGCGUGAGGAAGAGCAUUACCGCCCUCACCAAAUGGUGUGCACCAUUUUACUCCACUUCGCCUGUCUGUGCAAAAAUUCUACCGCUGGAAGUUGAUGGCAAUGCCUGGCGUGAAGAAUUGUCUCAAGUUUUUCUUUCAAACUAUUUAAGAUCUGCAAACUCCAAUGGUUUUACUAAAUAUAGGAUGGGAUUUACUUUGAACGGCAGAUAUAUUGCACUUAUUCUGGCUGUACAGUUAGUGUAUCUCCUACAAGCAGUGAAAGCGGCUGGGAAAUGUGAUACAGUAUUUAAAGGCUUCUCAGACUGCUUGCUCAGACUGGGUGAAAGCAUGGUGCACUACCCACAGGACCUGGACGAGAAAGAAAAUCUUAAGACCAUCUGCUCGUACUGGGAUGACUUUCAUUCGUGCGCUACCACAGCGCUCGCAGAUUGCCAAGAAGGAGCGACGGAUCUCUGGGAAAAACUCAAAAAGCAGUCUAAAAACCUGGAGUUCAGAGGCAGCUUGUUUGAACUGUGUGGUGGAAGCAAUGGAGCACCGACAUCCACUAUUCAUUUUGGCUUCACUGUUUUUCUUAUAUCACUCUCCGCUUUAGUGACAUGGUUUGCUUUUUAGAAGAAACGAUACAACAAUAGAAGAAAAACACAAAACCACUGCAAAAAUAACGACAGCAAAUAUAGUGACCGAAUUCUACACAGCAUUGGAUUUAUAUGAAGAAGAAAACAAAAUACAACAAAAGACGUGUUUUUCUUGUGACGCAAAAACCUGCAGUCUUUUGGGCUUGCUGGAAAUGUCAACCACCUCUUCGUGAUUUCCCCCAUUUUUAUUUGCCAAAUUUGUUACAGAGUCGAGUGCAAGCCAGGCGGGAGACCUCACUUUUAUUCUCGCUUCACUUCAAAGCUCAACAGACUCAGCCACCUUCAGAGAAAAAAAAAAACUCAGGAACGGCGUUAGCCAUUUAAUUAAAGGUGGGUCUGAAAGCAGGUUAAUAAGGUGCUCGAGGGGAAACAGGAAUCCGGAUGAAGAAAAAAAUGAAGAUAGGCCGUGACUUCAUUAUAGUACAUUAAUAAAUGAAAAUGAACUAGCUGCCAAUCAGACUCACUGUGUGUUUCAGUCAUUAAAAUAGAAUGUUUUUACAUACAACAAAGUAUUGUAACACGAGAUCCCGUUGGACGCGAAAUAAAUCAGUUGGAUAAAGUUAA